AUGUCUGCAUGGUUUCACCACCUGGCCCAGCUGGUUUCGUCCGGCCCAGUAGGGGCUGGCCGACAAGGGAAGACAGAAAGGCCAGGAGUCACAAUUGAGUCUCCAGAUUGGUUCAGGUUAGUGAUAGACCCCGGUUCUCGCCCCAGUACUAUCCUCCUCCACUUGUCCCUUCGUUCACUCGGCCACCAUCAGAACACAGUCUAA